AAUGUAAAACCGAAUUUAUGUUAAAACGGCUUGCCAUAGAUUCCUCACCACCAGCACAUUGGCAAAAACUGUUUUCAUUGGUUGUUUUGGAAAUGUGGUGCAUUUGAGGAAAUCGGAAAAUAGGUGUCAUGUUGCAUUCAAGCACUAUUUGGUCACAAAACGUUUUCUGAAUGAGCAGCAAAUGAGAAAAAUGAGAAAAUUAUUGAUCAUAAAUCUGGUUUAAUGUGCAAGUAAAUAAAAAACAAAACCAAUGUAGAAAUGCUACUUUUAUAAAGUCUGAAGUCCGCUGAUGAGCGGGAAACGACUUUAGAGGGUCUGAGCUCUGGUUUCACACACACACACACACAAACACACACACACACACACACACACACACACACACACACACACACACACACACACACAGAGCAGCUGACAGCAGUAGAAAGAGGCCAGCAAGUGUAUUUAUAGCAGAGCUUCUCUGAGUCGGACCGGUUCUGUCCCGGUUCUGUCCCGGUCCUCCAUUGCAGCGUCACCAUGCCCGGCAGCCAGACCCGGAGCCGGCCCAGGGACUGGAAUAACAUCCUGAACCGUCCCGAGUUCAUGUCCCUGAACCAGCCGGUCCGCAGAGAAACCUCCGGGGAGGGGCGGGCCAGGAGAACCGCCACGAGACGGCCGAGUCAGCAGGAUGACGCCACGGCGAGGGGGUCCAGGGACUCCUCCGAUGGGGCCCCAUCAGGAGACGGGGUUCCGAAGGACGGGUCCCGCUGGCCCGAGCAGGACUGCAUGCAGCUGAACCCGUCCUUCCGCGGCAUCGCCAUCAACUCGCUGCUCGCCAUCGACAUCAACCUGUCCAGGCGUCUGGGUGUGUGCGUGGGGGCCCGCGGCCCCGGGGCCCCGCUGCGCUCCAUGGUGGCCCUGCUGGCCUUCUCUGGACACGCGCUGCCCUGGCUCUGCGGGACGCUGCUCUGCCUGUGGCGCAGCGACUCGCUGGCGGGACAGGAAGUCCUGGUCAACCUGCUGCUGGCCCUGCUCCUGGACCUGAUGACCGUCGCGGGCGUCCAGAAGCUGGUGAGGCGCCGCGGCCCGUGGGACGCCCCCCCAGGAUUCCUGGACCGCGUCGCCCUGGACUCGUACUCGUUCCCCGCCGCCCACGCCAGCCGGGCCGUCGUGGUUUCCCGCUUCCUGCUGAACCACCUGGUGCUGGCGGUACCCCUCCGGAUCCUGCUGUACCUGUGGGCCUUCCUGGUGGGCGUGUCCCGGGUCCUGCUGGGGAAGCAUCACCUGUCGGACGUCGGCUGCGGCUUCGCGCUCGGGUUCCUGCUCUUCAGCCUGGUGGAGUCCGUCUGGCUGGACUCGGCCGCCUGCCAGGCGCUGCUGGCCGUCGGCUCUCUGCACUGGGCGCCACUGGUGUAGAGGGCGCCAGACUGGAACCGGAGCCUGACCGGACCGGAACCAGAAUCAGGAGAUCACCUGGUUAGACAACUGUUUAACCUGCUGCUGGUGCGUUGACAACAACGAUGUAAUGAUGACAAAACCUUCAUCCAGACAUUUUGUGUUUUAAAACCGUCCGUCUGCAUCCAGCUGUUCUCGGGUCGGCGGCAUUUUUCCAGAAAUGGAAUAAAGUCCAUUCCUCCAUCUAAA